AUGGCAGUCGCGGCCGAGUGCGCGCACUUCCACGGCAGCCGACUCGACUUACACCACCACGUCACCCGCUCGCGGGGACUAACAGAAUCCUGCACCGCGGAGGAGCUCAUUACUCGAGUCAACCAGCUUCAAGGCCAGCGACACGUCACGGCCAAGGAGGUGAUCAAGGUUUUGCUAAGUUGCGACGAGAAGGAGCUGGUCGCACGCCUUACCGCGCAUCCAGAGCUGCGCAUCCACCUCUUGUCGCUCGUUCGUCGUAUACCGAAGGCGCUCGCAAUGCGCGAUCUGGCACACAAGCUUGGGUUGCAGGUCGACCUGCUAUUCUACUCAGCCCUCAUUCGCGCCUGUGGAGUAAGCAAAGAAACGAAAAAGCAAGAGGCGCUCGAGCUGCUUGCAGAGAUGAAGCAACAGGGACUCGAGCCCGACAUGAGCAUCUAUCUGGCGCUGAUUCGGACUUGCGCCAGGCACGGCGACGUCUCGGCUGCUCUUAAGGUCAUGGCGAUGGUGGAGGCAGACGGUCUCCCGUACACUCUGCCGCUCCUCACCACGCUAGCCAACGUCUGUUCCACGCAACCAUUCUUUGCCAAGAAGGGAUUCGCCGUACUUAAUCUGAUGCAGCAACACGGCAUCGCCCCUGACCUGGCCGCCUUCAACGCUCUCUUGAAGUGCUGUGCGAUUGUGGAUGACAUUGCGGGCAUGCAGCAGAUCUUCCAGCUGAUGAAGGAGCAGGACUUGUCCUCUGACGAGUUCACCAUGCUAUCCCUCAUCGUGGGCCAGCUUGCCAACGACAACCUUCAGGCCGCGCGCGACAUCGUCUCCAGUUUCCGCAUUCUCGGCGUCACUCCAUCGGUCAAGACCUACCACAAGCUCUUUUCUGUCUGCAAACGAACGCACGACUUGGACGCGGCUCUGAACCUGUGGGAUCAGAUGCGGGAGGAGCAGGUGGAGCCCGAUCUGCCGAUCUUCAACGCGCUCAUGGACAUCUACGCGCACCGCGGCGAUCUCGAGCAGGUGCACCAGCUCCUCGACGCGAUGAAGGCGCAGGGCCUGGAGCCCACGCCCACCGAAGUCGCGUGUCUGCUCGCGGUCAUGUACCACCGCGACGGACGAGUGACCGAGGCCGGCUACCAGCUCGUCGAAGACAUGCGGCGCGAGGGCAAGGUCGCGCCCCACCUGGCCACCUUCUCGCCCUUCAUCGACAUCCUGCUCAAGGCCGACAAGAUCGACGAGGCCUGGGACGUGCGCCGCAACAUGAUGGCCCGCUGGGACAUCCAGCCCGACAAGGUGCUCAACCGCACCUUUCUCUUCGCCCUCGCGGCCAAGCGCGACGUCGACAAGAUCGACGAGCUCUUCCGCCACAUGGAGGCCCACCCGCGCGAGUUUUUCCCGCACUGCGACUCGAUCGUGCUGCUCCUCGAGCACUGGCUCGCGCGCGACCCGCGCAGUCCGCGCGUCGCCGAGGUGCUCGAGACCCUGCAGCGGCUCAACGUCGCCCACAAGCUCUCGCGCCAGGUCUUUGUCGAGCCGGCGCUCCAGGUCAUCGACGGCCUCAUCGACCAGAACAGCUUCGACCGCGCCCGCAAGCUGCUGCGCUAUCUCGACCCCAACAAGCUCGAGACCUACACGCGGCUCUUCGCCACCUGUCGCCGCCCCGAACACUGGCCCAUGCUCGAGGAGUUCUGGGACAUGCUGAUGGAGCCCCGGCGGCGCAUCCAGCCCGACGGCACGGUGGCGCUGGCCUACCUCGAGGCCCUGUGCCGCCUCGGCCGCACGCACGACGCGGUCCACUUCCUGCACAACAUGGUCCACAAGCAGUCCUUCCCCGAUCUCGAACACUACAACCUCGUCCUCCGCCACGCCUCGUCCAACGACAAGUGGAACUUCGUGCGCAAGGUGCUCAAGCUCAUGCGCUACGACCGCGUCACCGGCGACAACGUCACCGCCGCCAUCCGCGAACGUCUCCACGAGGUCGAUGGCUCGCUAGAGGAGGAAAGUGCCGAAUAA